AUGGCUGUGUGGGCUGUGUACUCUGGGUCCCUCCUGUUUGGGAUGAAACCUGAUCUGAGGGCGAUGGAGCAAAAACUCCAGCGAGCCGCGAGGUGCUGUAGGACACAUUAGACUGUCGUCAUCAUCAUGUGCUGCUGCUUUUUUGUGAUCUGAUUUCAUCCUGCAUGCCACUGGCCAAGGAGCAACUCUGUGCAACAGGACAGAGAAUGUCACAGUUUAUCUUUACAAAGCAACUCAGGGCCAUUUACUGUGAUUUGUAGUUUGUGUGGUAUCUGGGUAUGUUAGGAUUUAAUUAAAAAAGCUAUCUUCGAGUAUUGCUGAGCACACCACAUUAGAAUAUUUCCUAGAAUAUAUAGUUUCCUUCGAAGGUCUCAUAUGCCAUGAGUCCAGACGAGAGUCAGGAUGCCGUAAAAGACUAAAACUGUGCCAUUAUUCAUUCACAUUUCAUUGACAUUUUAAAUGCAAUAGUCAGCUAGCUAUUUGGGACUGUCUUUGUACUUUUUUGCCCUGGAGCACUUUGCUUCAGCAUUUCUUUAAGCAGCUUUCUCUGUAGUUUAGUUACAUUUAAGGCCUACUGUACGUCAUAAUGUUUAUAAACAGGUCUAUUUUAAUCAUUUGUAGAAAAUCUUGAGUUAGGCUAUAGGCUACUGCUGAUUUGGGGGGGAAUAUGAUGGUGUGUAGAGGGGCUAUUUGAGGGAUUAAAGAAGAACUUACUUUUCCAACCCAUUUUCAUAGCCCAUCAUGUCUCAACUUAUCGAACGGCACUCUUUUCUUUGACAUUGUUGUGCUCCUCUUUUGCCCUAUGAAUAAUGUUGCAGCUAUUGCUUUGGGGCUUUUGUAAUAGUUUCCCCAAUCAAUUAUUCACUUAAAAUCUGGUGAACAAGGCAUGCUUUUUUAUUUCUGGCCAUCAUGCAGGGAUGUGAUGAAAUAUUCUAUUAGUGUGCAGGCGUUACAUCAUGUCCCUGCCAUGGUCCUUUUUGUAGUUUUUUUCUUGUCGGUAGGUUUAUGGUGAUGGGAAAUGGGAAGUCGGUUGAUGGUAGCCUAUGGAAUAAUCACUGGUAAAAGAUUGAUGGUAAAAUACUUGCUCUAGUAUACAAACACUGAUUAUUCCAACCACAAUUACAUAAUUUUUUAUGUUGUAGUAUUUAUUUAAAGGAACACCGUUGCAAGGGUUCACACUGAGAUGACUGAGAAUGGGGCCUUGUGAGAACCUAUUGAAUGUGUGUCGAUCAGAAGCUGUCCCUCUCUUUCAGGAGGAGAGACUUCAGCAUGCAAACCUUCAUCUGUCCGGCUUGCCCCCUCGUUUUCGUUCCACGCUGCUGGGCUUCAGAUGGCUGCUCCCAUGCCCCAUUCGCACCAGCAGUACAGUGAGCGGCACCAGCAGACCACUGACCCGUCUGUGCCGGCUCUGCCCUACAGCGAGCAGGCGCAGCAGUCUAUCGCCAGCCAGGUACGCUAGCUACAGCUAGACACAAACACAUGCUCAUUCACACACAUAAGCAUGCAGUAAUACUCACACACAUUGACAUAAAUACACACACACAAACCAAAAACAUUACGCAUAGCCUAUACCAAAACAUCCCCACACAUACUCGCACACAGUGGUGCUAACCCCAAGCCCUGUGGCCUGUGCCUGCCUUACACGACACCGCUUGCGGUCUGCCUUUCUGUUCCUGGUAGAGGGCACUUCUCAAAAUGUAUUCCGACCCUGCGUGAGCGCAGGGGUUAUUCUUACUGUACAGGGAACAUCACGACCUGCGUGUCCAGGACAGUGGACUAAUAAUAAAGAGUGUGAUUUUCCACUUGAUUUUAUUACUGACGACAGUUACCAAAAUAAGCUGCGGAGUGCUGUCAAACACGCCCAUGACCUCUGUACAGUGGCUGCUGGCCACGUGUGUGGGUCUCUGAUAUCAGGCCCUCAUCAAAGCUCAAAUUUAGGUCCACACGACUGAGUUCCCUACAUGAUAGUUUUGUCCUACUGUAUAUUGCCCCCCGUGUCAAUCCUCCCACUUGAGUAUGGUGAAGAAAUGACAUCAUGAAUAGCAACAUUUGCCACAUAAAAACAGAUGCACUUGAUGGUAGCUGAAGACGGGUGAUCUAAUGAAUCGUUUUGAUGAGAUAGAAAAGGUGAGUGUGUCUGUUUGUUUCUGAAAAGGUGAUGUUCUCUGUGUUUGGUGCGUCUGUUUUAAGGUGACCCCUGAUGUUGUCAUGUUACAGAGGCGCAUGCCCCAGUGCUUUCGCGACCCGUCCUCGGCUCCCCUGAGGAAGCUCUCUAUUGACCUGAUCAAAACCUACAAAUGUAUCAACGAGGUAAGUUCCACCACUCUCCCUCCGCCACACACUGCACCUGUACCUGGAACUCUGAUCGCUCAAGGCCAGGGGGCAUGCGCGCACACACAAAAGGAUGGAUCACUACUCAGAAAUGUUGUGAUUCAUAAAAUUCAAAUUUUUGUGGGCAACACAACUGGCAGGCCUGAAGAGGGUAGAAUCAGGCCUGCACUGAGCCACUUAAAUAUUUGAAUGGAAUAGUUACAAGAUCCCAUGCAAUCUCAACUUAUACUGCACAGUGGUGGUCAGGGCCUACCUUUUAGCAACCACCUUCCAGGCUCAGUGUGCCACCUACCUGAUGGGUAAUCUGGUAGCAACACCUUUUGUCGGCAGGUAUACUAUGCAAAAAAGAAGCGGAGACACCAACAGGGCCAGGGCGACGACUCCAGUCACAAAAAGGAGAGGAAGGUCUUCAACGAUGGCUACGAUGACGACAACUACGACUACAUCGUCAAGAAUGGGGAGAAAUGGAUGGACCGCUACGAGAUCGACUCCUUGAUAGGCAAAGGCUCAUUUGGACAGGUGAGUCACAUGAUGAAAUGUAUUGUCAACCACCAGUGGAGCAGUUACCAUUUUGCAGAAGCUCACCUGGUAUUGUUUCACCCACCACCACACCAGGUCUUUAAUGGUCAUUAAGAUUGACAUAUUUUUACAUUUCAGUCAUUUAGCAGAUGCUCUUAUCCAGAGCAACUUACAGUUUAGUGAGUGCAUACAUUUUUCAUACUGGCCCCCGUGGGAAUCGAACCCACAACCCUGGCGUUGCAAGCGCCAUGCUCUACCAACUGAGCUACAGGAGGCCUGUAAUUUGUCACAUGCUUCGUGAACAACCGGUGUACACUAACAGUGUAAUCCUUAAUCAUAUGUUUGAUUUAAAAAAUGAUACGUGAGUGUUUAACCAUAGGCUCACACAGUGUGGAGGUAUCUGCUGAGUUAGCAGAAGUGUGUGUGUGUGACUGAAGAGGCUUUGAUAAAUCAGAACCCCAUCCCCCUUGUUCAGUGCACGCGUUUCCGUCCGGCUCAUUGUGUUUACGAUGAUUUGUGUUUGGCUUCCCUCUAUCUCCAGGUUGUAAAAGCGUAUGACCGUGUUGAGCAGGAGUGGGUGGCAAUUAAGAUCAUCAAGAACAAGAAGGCUUUUCUAAAUCAAGCCCAGAUUGAAGUGCGGCUCCUCGAGCUCAUGAACAAACAUGACACGGAGAUGAAGUACUACAUAGGUAAGGCCGGAUUCCCCUUCUUUCUAUACACCUUUCUCUCUCGCUCUUCUCACUUUCAUGCAUUAUUUAUCUCCAGCUAAGAAAUCAUAUUCAUUAGGUGGUCUCUAUAAGCAGGGCUCUAUUCUAUCUACUUUUGAAGCACAUGUUGUGCCCUAGAAACUAAUAUGUAACACUGUAAACACAUUUGUUUAUUAUAAAAAGCUAAAAUAUUGAUAUGAAUACCUGUCAUUGAAAUAAGUCAUUUGUGGAAUAUUAGGUUUCUACAUUGUGUAAAAGCACUUUUCCUAUUGAGAUGCAUUACAUUGAAAAUUGUACACUGUCUCUUUAAAAACAUCAUAGUUGUGAUGAAUACAUGAAAGAGAUCUGUCAUUCAUUCAUUCAUUGCUUUGAUCAUUGAUCUCCUGAAGAAGCUGUGCUCCAAAUGUUUGGAUAUACUGGUAAAGUUACCAGGUUGUUAGCUAGCUAACCAAUGAGGUAACGUGACUAAACAAAGUCUAAACGAUGUGCGAGUAGUUUUAGAACAGCCUAUGGCAUGGUUUAUGAAUGCAAAAUGUGGUCCCGGUGAUCUGCUAUAGGAAGAUAAAAAUGCUGCUCCGCAAAUAUGGGUCAGAUCUUUUGACCUGCUUGGGUUAGAAGCAAGCAGUUUUCAGUGUAGUAAUACUUUCCGAAUGCACUGUACAUACACUACCGGUCAAAAGUUUUAGAACAACUACACAUUCAAGGGUUUUUCUUUAUUUGUACUAUUUUCUACAUUGUAGAAUAAUAGUAAAGACAUCAAAACUACGAAAUAACACAUAUGGAAUCAUGUAGUAACCAAAAAAGGGUUAUUUUACCAAGAAGGAGUGAUGAGUGCUGCAUCAGAUGACCUGGCCUCCACAAUCCCCCGACCUCAACCCAAUUGAGAUGGUUUGGGAUGAGUCGAACGGCAGAGUGAAGGAAAAGCAGCCAACAAGUGAUCAGCAUAUGUGGGAACUCCUUCAAGACUGUUGGAAAAGCAUUCCAGGUGAAGCUGGUUGAGAGAACGCCAAGAGUGUGCAAAGCUGUCAUCAAGGCAAGGGGUGGCUAUUUGAAGAAUCUCAAAUAUAAAAUAUAUUUUGAUUUAACACUUUUUUUUGUUUACUACAUGAUUCCAUAUGUUUUAUUUCAUAGUUUUGAUGUCUUCACUAUUAUUCUACAAUGUAGAAAAUAGUUUUUUAAAAAAUAAUUGAAUGAGUAGGUGUUCUAAAACUUUUGACCGGUAGUGUAUAUACAUACACUUGACCUCUGUUCAACUUUGUGAUGGAGUCAUUACCAUAGAAAUACCAGAAAGACCCCAAGACAUCUCGAUGUAAGUGCGCCAUCUACCUGAUACAUAUUGGGGCGUUUUUUUGGGGUGAAACCCCAUUGAAAAUGUGUUUUACUCCAGGAUGAGGCUUAAUCUGUGUCUGGGAAACAGGCCAAUUGACAUGCGCUAGUCAAUGACAAGAGUAUCCAAUUGCCAUAUGUAUGUUAACAUCACUAGUAUACCGUGCAAAACCCACCUCACUCAACACAUGCUCAUUAGUAUAAUUUUUUUUCUCUCCUCCUCCCUCGCUCUCUGUCUCUCUCUCUCUCUCUCUCUCAUAUCUCCUCUCUCUCUUCCCAGUUCACCUUAAGCGCCACUUCAUGUUUCGGAGCCACCUGUGCUUGGUGUUUGAGAUGCUCUCCUACAACCUGUACGACCUGCUGCGGAACACCAACUUCCGCGGCGUCUCGCUCAACCUCACACGCAAGUUUGCCCAGCAGAUGUGCACGGCUCUAUUGUUCCUGGCCACACCCGAGCUCAGCAUCAUCCACUGUGACCUGAAGCCCGAGAACAUCCUAUUGUGCAACCCCAAGAGGAGCGCCAUCAAGAUCGUGGACUUUGGCAGCUCCUGCCAGCUGGGACAGAGGGUGGGUGAAUGAGGAUGAAGUUGUUUUUCCUUGGUUCAUGUGGUGAAUUUUAGAUCUGACAGGCCACAGAUAAAGUAUUACACCAAACUGUUGUGACCCACUAUGGAUUCUGUAUUUAAUGGAUUAAUGUAUUAUUGGAUAGAUGGAUUGGUAGAGUAUGAUGUGGAAAGAAACUAAACAAAUGUUUUUCAUUCAGAUUUUUGUGGAAAAGGUUGCACAUUACAUGGCCUACCCUACACAAACUGUAGCAACCAGUUAUCCUCUUCUAACCUUGAGGGAACAACCACUGUAGCUAACAAACUUUAUUUCUGCUGAAAACCUGCCAUCUGUCUUCUUUAUAGUUGACCUCCUACAAAAGGAGAACAUAAAUUCCAUGUCCUAACAGCCGUGACCCCUUUCUCUCCCCUUAGAUCUACCAGUACAUCCAGAGUCGGUUCUACCGCUCCCCAGAGGUGUUGCUGGGCAUGCCUUACGACCUGGCCAUCGACAUGUGGUCCCUGGGCUGCAUCCUGGUGGAGAUGCACACCGGAGAGCCCCUCUUUAGUGGGGCCAACGAGGUAGGACUCAUGGAAUGAAAAGAUGCAGUCAUUAUUUAGGAUGAUAUAACUUGUCAGAUUAUGCUGUCCUGCUACAUCAUUGUGCUCAUGAGAGAGAUGUUCAGUUUUUGCCUUCGUGAAGAUUGCAGGCAUAGGGAGUGAGAACCUUAUAAUGACCAACAGAGGGAGCUGUGGGGCUUUUGAACUUUUUAGUAGUUUAGUUGUUUUAUUGUUGAUAAAUGUUAUGCUAUUUCUGUUUCAUCUAUAUUUUUUAACUCUGAGGUACAGGCAAUUUAAAACUCUGUUACAGUGCCAAAGAGCAUAAGAUGAUGUUCUCAAUUAUGGCUUCCUGAUUUUUCAGAUUGAUCAAAUGAACAAAAUAGUGGAAGUGCUGGGCGUCCCUCCCAAUUACAUAUUGGACCAGGCGCCCAAGGCCAGGAAGUUCUUUGAGAAGAUGUCUGACAGUACGUGGGGUGCAAAGAAGACCAAAGAUGGCAAAAGGGUAAGUUCAACAAAUCGCUCUGAUGUCAAUUAUGUUGUGAUGUCAUAACGCUCCUUUGCAAUAGUGAGUAUGUAUCUUCCUAAAGUCUCUGCUCUGUGUGUGUGCAGUAUAAGCCGCCGGGCACUCGGAAGCUGCACAGCAUCCUGGGUGUUGAGGCGGGGGGUCCUGGGGGGCGGCGGGCAGGCGAGUCUGGCCACACUGUAGCUGACUACUUGAAGUUCAAGGACCUGAUCCUUCGGAUGCUGGACUACGACCCCAAGAGCCGCAUCCAGCCCUACUACGCCCUGCAGCACAGCUUCUUCAAGAAGACAGCAGAUGAGGGGACCAACACGAGCAGCAGUGUGUCCACCAGCCCAGCGCUGGAGCAGUCCCAGUCCUCGGGAACCACCUCCAGCACCUCCUCCAGCUCAGGUAGGGAAAGCACCGCAGCCGCGACGCUGCUUGGAGAAGUGGGUGUUCACUUUAAGCUUUAGCAUGAUGUUAGACCCGUGUCUCUGUCCAAUCCUGGGGGAACCCCAGGGUGUUCACUUUGUUUGUUCUAGCUCAGCACACUGGGAAUCCCCCAGGAAUGGAUUUCAAACCCUGGAUCAGACAUGAUGAAAUGAUAGCAAUGAACUAACAGCUCAGGUACAGUAGUGCAGAGCCUUCAGGCAGAAUGGAACUGUCUCAAAAGUUCAACAUUAAAAUUUAAUGUCAACCUGCUUCUGUGGUCUCUUUCCUGCAGGAGGAUCGUCUGGCACAAGCACCAGUGGGCGGGCGCGCUCGGACCCCACGCAUCAGCACCGGCACAGUGGAGGUCACUUCAGCGCCUCUGUGCAGGUCAUGGACUGCGAAAAUCUCUGCCCACAGGCAAGUCACACACACAAACACACACACUAUUGCUCCUGGCCAACUUAGUCUGUAACCCAGGUUGACAACCUUUACCUCAACUCACAUUUGAGCUAGAUGAGCCCUCUCAUAGCCACAGGGGAAGUCUUGGGUUCUCUAGACGUAGGUGUUGUUCUUCAGACCGAGUUAAAUGACCUGUUAUCAGUCGUUUGAGUUACUAACUAACUGUGUUGCGGUUGUGUGUCAGGCGAGGCAGCCGUUCCCUCCCCCCGUGGGCUGGGCUGGUGGCGAAGGGGUGCAGACAGUGACGGUGGAGACCCACCCCGUCCAGGAGACCACCUUCCACGUGCCUCCCCAGGCGCCCAAAGCCAUCCACCCUUUGGCCCCCGGCAACAGCUCCUCCACCCACCACCACCAUCACCACGGACACCAUCACCAUGGACACCAUCACCCUCAUGGACAGCAGGGCCUGCCAGCACGGCCCCGGCCCCGCCUCUAUCGCUCCCCCACCAACAGCGCCUCCACGGAGAACUCCAUGGAGGUGGUGCACGGCCACCUGUCCAUGACCUCCCUGUCUUCCUCCGCCUCCUCCUCCUCCACAUCUUCCUCCUCCACCGGGGCCCAGGGCAACCAGGCCUACCAGUUGCGCCCGCUCCCCGCCAACGCAGCCUUGGACUUUGGCAGGAAUGGGAGCAUGACCAUGGGACUGGGUGCCUUCUCCAACCCCAGACAAGAGACUGGAAUGGCGGCCCACCCCACCUACCCCAUGGGCAUGAGACAGGGCAUAGACAGGGAGGAGUCACCCAUGGCAGGAGUCUGUGUACAGCAGAGUUCUGUCGCCAGUUCAUGA